GCGCCAGCAGCGAGAAGACGCACACCUUCUUGUCAUCACCUUGUUGUGCGCGCCCUGACAGAAGCAGCAGACUGCGUGGAGUGAUGGCGUGAUGGCGUGUCCUCUCAAGAAGGAUUCCACGGCCCACUUCCCUCCUCUUCGUGGAGCUUCUCGGGGGAACUUGUAACAAGUCCCAAGUUGCAGGGGGGGAAAAAGGCCCAGGCUUGGUGCGCGUAAGAAGAAGAAGAAGAAGAAGAUGCCAGCCAGGCGUGGCCAGGCGCGCGGAGGAUGUCAAUAAUCCAGACUUUUCUUCCAUCGGCGCACUCAUCGCAGGACUUGCUGUGCUCGUCUUCUUCUGCUCGCCUUGCAGACUUUUCUCGCCAUGCUGUCGCUUAACCUGACAGCCGCGCACGCCAUGGCGGAGGUGGGGACCUUCGGGGGCGCGCUGGACUUGGAUUUACAAAGUUUCCCUGCCUUCGGGAACGUGGCCCUGCAGCCGGAGACCACGCCGCCGGGCUUGAGCGAGCGUCUGGGGCAGAUAGAAGGGAGGCUCCAGCGGGGGUCGCCCACAGACUUUGGCCACCUCAGAGGCAUCCUGAGGCGGCGGCAGCUGUACUGCAGGACCGGCUUCCAGCUGGAGAUAUUCCCCAAUGGGACGGUGCACGGGACCCGGCAGGACCACAGCAGGUUUGGAAUCCUGGAGUUCAUCAGCCUGGCCGUGGGUCUGGUCAGCAUCAGAGGCGUGGAUGUCGGACUCUACCUCGGCAUGAACGAGAAAGGAGAGCUCUAUGGGUCGAGGAAGCUGACCCCAGAGUGCGUCUUCAGGGAGCAGUUUGAGGAGAACUGGUACAACACGUACGCAUCCACCUUGUACAAGCACAACGACACGGGGCGCUUGUACUAUGUGGCCUUGAACAAGGACGGCUCGCCCAGGGAGGGCAACAGGACUAAAAAGCACCAAAAACUGACCCACUUCUUACCCCGGCCGGUGGAGAUGGAGAAGAUCCCUCAGGCGUACAGGGACCUCUUCCAGUACAGCCAACUAAACCACUGAGGACGCUGGAAUCUGGUGCCACGUCUUCCGGAAUCAACCACUUUUAUUCCCCCUCCUCCUUCGAGCACUAACCGGCGGACGGUUGCCUUUUUCAGACCACUAAAGACACGGAAGGGUUCCAUACGUGACGGAAAGAAGCACUACUCACAGUUAAUGGAGGAGGAGGAGGCACAUUCCCACAUGGACGUAAAGGGAGGGAGCGGCAUUCCUGUGACUGUCUGAGAUAGUCAGGUACUGAAGAUUGUCUGGAAAUGUCCUUACAUGUGAAAAAAAAAAAGAAAUGAUGAAUGUGGGAUUGAUUUGAGAGCACUUAACUGCACAGCCCAGCUUCCUAGAAAUCACAUUCAUGGCUUUUAAAAUGAGAUUUUAAGAGGCAGCGAAUGCAAAAAGCACUUCUCCAACCGCGGUUGUACAGAAGACGUGCUCGACGUGUGAUGUUCGGAGCGUGGGGAACAUUAUUAGUGACAAAGACAGCAAGCAGCUGAGUGGGUGAUCCUAUUUAUGAGAUGUACGAUAUAUUUAUUUUCUACAUACAAAGUAUAAAUAGAAAUCUAUAUAUUUAUUUAUUGCAAAGACUUUAUUUUGUAAGGAACUUGAAAUUAUUCGGGGCUGUAGAUUCUACUGAAAUGACACCAUCUUGGUUUUUUGGGUUUUCUUUUUUUAGAAAAACAACAUGGAAUUAAAAGAAAAAAAAUGAAGAAGAGCAAUUUACAGAAAAAUAAUGUGGCGAUGUGUAGUGAGACUAUCUGUGCCUGCAUCCAAAUUUGAUGUACCGAUUAAAGCCACAUGUAGAAUGUA